ACUCCGGGAACGAAGUCCAAAUCACACGGCCACACCUUGGACGGAUCGACUAGCCCCUGCAGAGGGGCAGCCACAGCCCCCUGAGAAGGUCCCUCGAUUCCCAAUCGAUAAUACAUGUACACCGGAUAACCCGGACAACUUCCGUGAAUCAAUAGAACAUUACAAAAAAAGUGAAACUUCCGUCUAAAACAUUAACAGCAUGUGGGAAAGCGACAUAAUUCUGGAAGGUGGUCACAUAUUAAGCGGUGAAUGACGUUACGCAACUAUAUCUACUUGACACAGAGCUUGAUAUACACGAAUUAAACCACUUUCAAAAACGCAAGGAUGGAACUACAGCAGGGAAUAAUAUUUCAUCUAAUGAUUUUAUACCUUUUCCUUACACAAGGAUGCAGCGAAAUAUGCGAUGACAGAUGCUGUCUCAACUAUUACAAACAUCGAAAUGGAUCCUGUGUCGAGUGUCCAAAUGGAACAUUCGGACUUCAGUGUAAUAGAACCUGUGUCCGUGGAUACUAUGGUAGAUUUUGUCUGUCAGAGUGUGAAUGUCCCGUUCAUACAUGUGACAAAAAGUAUGGCUGUUUGGUGGACAGAGUUAACGAACAUAAGGGCGACAAACGUGUCUGGACAGAUGUAGGGUACACUUUGGUAGGGUCCUUUACGACUUUGGGCAUUGUCGGCCUCAUGAUUUACCUUAAGUCAUGGUGUUCAAAAAGAAGUGUUUCAAGUCAGGAAACUAACCAGAAUGAUAUUGCUCAUCUAGAGAAUCACGAAGAAAAUCCUUAUGAGAUUCAUAGAAACUCGUCAUCCAGUGAAAGCGACGAUGUGGUUCCAGAACAAGCUACUAAUUCAGAUGACUAUACUGACUUACGAUUCUCCAGGAUGGAACCAAAACAGUGCACUACAAGCGGCAUAGAAGAUGACACAAAGCCUCAGCUUCCGUCUAAUAAAAAUAUUCCUGAAAACAGUCAUCAUGAUGAAGAUAAAAGCGAUGCAGGCGAAAACAACGGUGGGAAAUACAGCCAUUUAUCUCAACAGUCUGCAUAUAAUGUAUUGUCUUUUCGCCGUUAUCAUCCUGAAAAACUGUUAUGUUUAGGGCUAGCAGAUUUGUCCUCCAUGAUUGUGCAAUAUUCAGAUGAAGUUGUAGGUGAGUAUGACUCCAUUGAAAUGAAUCAUAACAAGCAAAGUCCACAGGAGAUGGAGAGAAUACAAUCCGAGGAAGAAGCCGUCCAACAAAGUUCGAUAGACAAAACAGUGAACCAGUAUAUCCUGAUAUCUCAAACAAGGAAAGAGAGAGAUAUGCCCAUGAAAGUUGACAUUGAUCAAGAAAUCUUUCAGUUUAAAGUAAAAAGUAAGAGUCUCCCGCCAGGAAAAGUGAGCCAAAAAGAGGUUUUACCUACACGCCCAUGGAGUGUGACGAAAGGCCAUUGACAUAUGGGUAAAUUAUGAUUUUUCAAAUCACUUAACAAGGAAGGAGAUGGCAAUGCUGUCGCUCUCAACAGAAUAUUUUGUUUGUUUCUUUGAAACAUCACUAGCUACUAAUAGUGAGAAUUCUUUAUCGUGUCAAUGCCUGUCAUAAUACACUGCAUUUCCGUUUAAAAUGUAUCAUCCUGAAGACCAACGAAUAUCUCUUCCAAACACCGGGCGUUUGGUGAUGGAGCGAUGACCACCUAUUUUACGUUUUAGGUUUUACACGGCUAAUAAAGAACAAGACUCGAACCCAUUGUGAAGAAGCGAACGCCUUGACCUCUGAGUUACCAUGACCGUCAUCUCGGCUGAGAUUCCUCUCGGCUGGAUAUUUGGACUGACGCCUUCACCGAAUCUCAGAGCAGUCCUUCACAAUUUACGUCUGGAAAUUCACAUUCAACUUGAGCCGGUUGAAAUAAUUAAUAUGCACGUAUUCCUGUUUACGAUGAUUGAAUUAAAAUACAACAGAACAAUAAUUUUAGUCAUCAUAUUAUUCUUAAAGCUCUAUGGUCUGAAUUACAAUAUUUUUUUCCAUCUUGUAAAAACGCUAUUAAAUCACCGCACGUAUGUAGUUAUGAGGCUGUAUGACAUAUCAUACAUUAUUUCACCUGUUUUAACCCAGAUAACUUGAUUUUAAAUCGAUGUUUACAAAUAACUGCGUCACUCUGCCAUUUCAAGUGACAGUCAAGUGACCAAUUCAAACUUUCAGAUCAUUGGUGGUCUUAUAUGUGUAAAGCUGUGUAUUUUAUUACAACAGUACCGUGCCAUAAGUUUAAUAGAAAUAAAAGUAUAGAA